AUGACAUCCGAAUCAUCACCAUCACCACAACCCCCCGCCUCCUCCUCCUCCUCACAGCACCCGACGCUCCCCUCGUCACCGUACCCCUACGCCUCCGCCCCAGACAUCAUCCGCGCCCACCAGAAGGAUGCCUACUACAAGGGCCACCUCUCCAACACACUGACCUCCCUCCACCGCCUCCUCCUCGGCGCCCGCUCCGCCCACGCCUCCACGCCCCUCCACCGCCUCGUCGCCGACACCCUCUACCUUGGCCUCACCACCCUCCCCGGGAACCGCACCCUCGGCGAGGAGUACUGCGACCUCGUCCAGCUCCACGUCGGCGCCAACGACAACGACGACCCCGCCGGCGCCCUCCCGACCCUGCCCCGCCGCGCCGCCUACAUCGCCACCUCCGUCCUCCUUCCCUACCUGCUCGGCCGCCUCCUCCCCGCCGCCCGCGCCCGUCUGCGCGCCGUCCUUGAGCGCUCUCUCGGCCCCACCGCGAAGCUGAGCGACGCCUCGUCCGCGCCCGCGUCCACAUUCGCGUCGACGCGGAAGAUCCUUGCCGCCUACCUCCUCGCGAACCUCCCCUCCCUCACCUCCGCCGCGCCCCUCCACGCCGCCACCCUCGCCGUCUUCUACUUCACCGGCACCUACUACGAGCUCGCCAAGCGCGUCCUCGGCCUGCGCUACGUCUUCACCCGCCGCGUCCCCGACUCCCCCGACCGCGCCGGCUACGAGGUCCUCGGUGUCCUCCUGGUCGCCCAGCUCGCCGUACAGUCCUACCUGCACAUUCGCGCCACCAUCUCCGACCUCUCCUCUCAGGUCUCCGCCGCCCGCGUUGCUGCCGCAUCCCGCUCCCGCGCGGGCGGCCUCUCCCACGUCGACGUCUCCCUCGACGCCAACGCCUACGCCGCCAAUACCAGCGUCCUCCUCGCCUCGGAGGCGACGGCGGCGGCGACAGGCGGCCCCGGCGGCGGGACCAGCAAGGUCGACAUCGUCGCCGUGACGCACACCCCCGUCGCCGCCCACGGCGCGAGGUUCGACCUCGAAGACGCCGGGGUCAUGGCGUACAUCGCGGGCGCCGCGCAACGCAAGUGCACGCUGUGCCUGGAGGAGCUCAAAGACCCGUCGGCGACGCAGUGCGGGCACGUCUUCUGCUGGACGUGCAUAGGGGACUGGGUCCGCGAGAAGCCCGAGUGUCCGCUCUGUAGGAGGGAGGCCAUGGUGCAGCAUAUCCUGCCGCUGCGGGUCGCGUAG